AUGCACGGUGUCGGCAACUACCGAAACGAUUACAAGAUCCCCCAAUACGUACAGCCAAGAGAAUUCCCCGUUCUCUACAGCAUAUGGAAUGAGCAUGUACAACACUUCAAGUCCUUGCGUUUCGUGGUCCAGGACAUUUCCCAGGAGAUGCUCGCACAGUCCGAAGAGAUGGUCAUCCAGGAACUCGAAGGGCGUGUCACGUUCCAGCAACAUGAUUUCUUCGAUACGCAGCCGGUGGUCGACGCGAAUGCCUUCUUUCUUCGCCAAUGUCUCCACAACAACAAUGACGACAACUGCGUCAAGAUCAUACGCGCUCUUGUACCGGCGCUUGAAAAGUGUGGGAAGGACACACCUCUGCUCAUCAACGAUGUUAUCAUGCCCGAAAGCGGAACGAUGACUCGCCAUGAGGAGCAUCAUCUGCGACAGGUAGACAUCUGCAUGAUGGUGACAUUGGGAGCAAAGCAGCGUACCGAGAAGGAGUUCGAGAAUUUGCUGACGCAAGCUGAUCCGCGAUUGAAGAUCAUGAAGGUCUGGCCUAAUCCCUUUGGCGUUGGGUUACUAGAGGUACAUCUUGGUACCACCAAUCAUUGA